AUGGCUUUUGCCAGCUACGCUGCAGAGUUCAGGUCACUGCUGUUCGUCCUGGUUCUAGCACUCACUGUAAGGAGCUCACCACAUGGAAGGGUUCUUAAUCCUCAAUAUUUUAAGCAUGGUGGCUCCGUGAGGUUUAGGGAAGAUUGCCUGAACCGAAAGGAUCUCAAGUUCCCUACAACAGUGAAAGUUGACAUUCGUAUCAGCAAUCCAGAUCAUGCCUUUAGAAUGGUCCAUGAUGUCAGGAACCGGUCUCUCGCUCCUUGGGAUUACAGGCUUGACGAGGACCCCAACCGCUUCCCCCAGGUGAUUGCUGAUGCCAAGUGCCGCCUCUCCAGCUGUGUGAACCCCCUGGGGCAGGAGGACCACAGCCUCAACUCGGUCCCCAUCCAACAGGAGAUCCUUGUCCUGCGGCAGCAGACGAAGGGCUGCCUGCCCACCUACCGCCUGGAGAAGAAAGUCAUCACUGUGGGCUGCACGUGUGCCGUUCCGAUUGUCCACCACCAGUCCUAG